AUGGACUUCGACGACCAAAAAUUCGAGGACGCCUCCAGCGAACUGCCCGGCGGCGAAAACAGCACGGGGGAAGAACAACCCAUGAUCUUCGAACGGAAUGUGCAAGAGCACUAUCCCCAGGAAGUGGCCGGACGCCCUACUUAUUCGCGCUCUGGUUCUUUCGUCGUGCCUCCUGGAAGACCAGGCUCCGUUCGCGAAUCGUUGUCCCGCCAGGGAUCUUUUUCAGCCGCUCAGUUCCCUCGCUCGGUUCCAUCGGCUGUGCAAGACGGCCCCCGCAGCAGUCAAGUGCGUAGUGGCGAAGAAAUAGGGUUCAAUCAUUCCAAAAGACAUGCGCUGGAAGACCAAGUGGCACCGGCGCUUGACGCUUCCGCUACUCUUGUCACGGAUAAGGAGACUGACCUUGACAAUGUGGAGAUGAUAUAUUCGGGCAGAAACUCUUGUAUUGGCUUGGACCGUGCGCUAGGCCGCAACCGCGCGAACUCCAACUACCAACUACCGCAGCUAUCCCGCGCCAAUAGCACCACUAGCGCGGUCAGCAUCGCUAGCGCCAACUCCAACGCCAGCAACUGCAGUAACGGUACGUCCACAGCUUCUGAUAGACCACGCAUUCUUCGUUUCUACUCGUACGCCGAUAUGAUUUCGGACGAAAAUGCGCACUCCAGAAGACCUUCGUUGACGCAGUCAACCUCUUCCUCCGUUUUGAGACAAUCCCCACAGCCAUCAUUUUCAAAUCCAUUCCAUAGUCCAACUACUAGACGGGACUCCGCUUCCUCCGCGUUGGGGCUGUCUGCUCCUUCGUUAAGCUCUCGAAACUUGACAUCACAACUAAGAACGACUUCCCGGUCGCCUUCCAUACGUAUUGGAACUCCAAUCAACAGUAUUUCGCCUUCUGUUCAUUCAUGUCACAACAGCUCUAACCCUUCUAGUAACCCAGUGAAGGGUUUUACGAAAUCCCAAAACAAGUUCGUGAUUGAGAGCAGCGGCAGUGACUGCUCCACUAGCGAAGGUGAAAAUGAAGAGGACUCGGAUCAAGAUGUGGCCAACUCUCCUAAUUCACCUACUUCAAUGCUCAACUCGUCAAGCCCCCCCAAUUCUCAGGCUCUAUACAAUACAGUCACGGGACCGCGUCUGACAAGGACUUCCACGCAGAAUAGCUUCAAGAAGGGACGUCCUAUUUACAAGGUUCGCACCUAUUCUAAUGCAAGCUCUAUGUCUCCUUUGUUAAGCACAGGAAGAAGUUUGCAGUCUCAUCAGGGGCCAACACAAAAUAUGAAUGACGUUUUGUUUGACGAUGGAUUGCAGAGCAACUCUGUUGGCGAAGUGCUGCGGAAGAAAAUCAGCAAUGCAAGUGAGUACUAA